AUGGAUACGACAGAGGAUAAGAUAACAUGUCCGUAUUGUCAAAAGCGACUGUGGUACGACAACAGCUAUCAACAUGUUCAACAAUGCUUAAUAACCAACUUUGAAAAGAUACAUGACCAGACAAUCAAAGUCACCUUUGUAACAGAGGAACAAAGGAAACAACUACAAGCAAACAAAGAGGUGUUUGGGUUAUCAAAUAUAAUGGUCACCAAGAACUUUGAACCUGUCAUUCAAUCGUUACUACAAAAUACAAGUUUCAACCAUGCUGUCAAAAAUACAACCGGUGAAAGUAGUAGUAUUGAUCAUACGUCGUCGUUGGUUACUACUAUAUCUGCAGGUGCAGAUGUUGUGGAGAAGAUAAAGUCAUUUUCAUCAUCAUCAUCAAUCUUUUCAAAAUUACCAGACCUUUUAUGGAGAGAGAUAUACGAUUUGUUACCAGAGGAUGCAGACCGUAUUGCAUUGAACGAUUCGACACUUACAAUCGAAUGUCUUUGUUGGAUUGCUAUGUCAUCUUGUCGGUCGAAGGUGUUGACAGUUUAA